AUGAGGCCAGAACCUGAUGUUACGGUGGCCCCGGGGGACGCAUCUAAAGGGGCUAAAAUAUUCAAGUCCAAGUGUGCUCAAUGUCACACCAUAAACAAAGGAGGAGCAGCCAAACAAGGUCCCAACCUUUUCGGAUUUUUUGGACGCAAAUCAGGAUCGACAGACUAUGGCUAUUCAGAAGCUAACAAGAAUUCAGGCAUUGUAUGGACCGAAAAGCACUUGUUUCAGUAUUUGCUUAACCCCAGAGAAUAUAUUCCAGGCACCAAGAUGGUGUUUGCUGGGAUCAAAAAGGCAAAAGAACGGGAAGAUUUAAUAGAAUAUCUGAAAAACGCUUCCAGUGGGAAGUAG